UUCUCUUGGUAUUUCUCCCUUCAGUUGUCUGUGGAAAAAAGCUGCCGAAUAAAUAAAAUUUCUCUUUUCUGAGUCGCGAUAGGAUUACUUCUUCAUUGGCUACAUGACAUUGCCUUGGCCAUCCUCCGGGAUGAAUUUAUACCACAACUCAUUUUUAUCCUUAAACCCACCAUUCCAAACCAGAAUUCAACUUCCUUUUUCUGCAAAUAUUCCAUUUUCACACCCUCUCACUUCAAUCUCUCCCCACUUCAAUUCAAACUCCCUUCAAAAACCCAGAUUCCCACGCGCGAGUGCAAAUGCUACUACCAACGAAGCAGUUAUUAUGCCAAGCAUGGCCGAAAUUCUAGACGCAUCGAGAGCGCAGAAACUCGACCUUCAGCUCAAAACAUUGGGACCCUUUUUCAGAAUCACGGCAAGGAGCAUGGUAACGGGCACAGAGCUCGGAAGGGCCGAAGGGUUGGUAAGAUUCUGGGUAGGAGGCAAAAUUCUUCACUUGGACUCAAUCAAACUACAAAGAGAGACACUGGACAUGGAGAAAUCAAUCUUUGGCCUUGGCUUGUUCAUCGGAGCCGUUGCAAUUCGACACGGCUAUGAUUCUGGCUGCAAAACAGCGCAGCUAUUGGCCAUCAAUGAUUCCGAUCUUUACCAUUCUAAGUUGGUUCGGUUCUACACUAGACUUGGGUUUAAAGCUGUGUACGAGGUUACGGGGUCAUCUGUUGGAGAUGUUGGGCACAUGCUUGUGUGGGGUGGUGUUGGUACCCGCAUGGAUGCUAGUGUUGAAGAACUUAUGAUAAAAUGGUGUACAAGAUUUAAAGCUCCGCAUAAAUGAUUUCGUCACAGUCAGAUAAGCAAUUGAAUUUUAGCAAAGGCAACAACACAGUAAGAAAACGGGGAUGGAUCUAGAGAAAGCAAAUACCGAAAUAGCAUGGAUACACAUACUCAACUUGCAACGAACAAUGAAGACUGACGUAUUUUCUUUCAUUUUUCAAUUGCCGAAUCCUCUUCGAAGUUGGUAUGUCGGAGACACCAGAGCAGCAAAUAUAUUUACAAAUUCUCUGGCAAAAUAGAAGGAAACUGUCCAAGAUUCUGAACUGCUUUCCUAAUUAAGGAAUUGCUUCAACAGAUAUGUUCCAUCAGAAACAAGUUUAGUAAUUUUCCUUGUGGAAAACAAAUCUAGUUGUGGUUUUGGUGGAAAAUUUGGUGCACAACUUCUUCAAUUCUCUUGCUAAUUUAGAUGGUCCACAAUAGAAAACCCCUGUACGAGAAAAACCCACAUUCUUAGUUAUGAAAACCAUUUAACCUGUUAUUUUCUUAUA